AAAGGUUUUUACAUUAGAGCGCAAGAGGGAGAGAGGGAAACUUGCAGAAAUGUUGGGAUUUUUUUCCAGCUUUCAUUUAACGUAAAGGGUUGCCAGAAAAAUCGAAGGCUGGAGCAGAAGGGGCAGUGCGGGGCCAGCAAGUCUAUUGUAGAGGGCAUGGCUGGAGACAGGACAAAUGCUGACGGUUCCCUGGUCAGAAAUAACGAUGAAAAAGACAACUGGAUUCCUGGCAGUGGCAGUACUGAGACAGACCCACAUAGUGACACACAAAUUCCAGGGCGCAACCUGCUCAGCCAGUCCACUGCCCACACUGACUUACAUAGCUCACACACACUGCACAGCACCUCAAACACAAAGCAAAACUCCUCACACACACCACACAGAACCUCACACACAUGCUCCAGCAGCAACAGCCAGACCAGCACAAGAAACAGCGACUCGAUGAGUCCCAGAAUGAAGAGGAAGAGCUGUGAGGAUGAUGAAGAGGGUCAUCUGGUUUAUCACACAGGCCUCAUUUUGAAAGAAAGAUAUGAGGUGGUCUGUACACUGGGAGAAGGAGCCUUUGGAAAGGUCGUGGAAUGCAUUGACAGGGACAAGAAUAUUGACCAUGUAGCUGUGAAAAUAAUGAAGAACCUCAAGCGAUAUCGUGAGGUGGCCAUGUCUGAGAUCAGGGUCCUGGAGGAGAUCAACAGCCUGGACGAUGAGAACAUUUUUGCAUGUGUGAGGAUGUUGGACUGGUUUGAUCACCAUGGUCACAUCUGUAUUGUCUUUGAGCUUCUGGGUUUUAGCAUCUUUGACUUCAUGAGAGAGAACAGCUUUCUGCCCUUCAGCGUGGAACAGAUCAGACACAUGGCCUUCCAGAUAUUCAGAGCCAUCUGCUUCCUGCAUCGUAACAAGCUGACUCACACUGACCUGAAGCCAGAGAACAUCCUGUUUGUGUGUUCUGAUUAUGACAUGGAGUACAACACUAAGAAGAAGCGGGAUGACAUGACAUUAAGAAGUCUGGAUGUGAAGGUAGUGGAUUUUGGCAGUGCCACGUUUGACCAUGAACACCACACUUCUUUGGUGUCAACACGACAGUACAGGGCCCCAGAAGUCGUACUUGAUCUGGGCUGGAAUCAGGCGUGUGAUGUGUGGAGUCUGGGCUGUAUCCUCAUGGAGCUCUACCUAGGACUUGCCCUGUUCCAGACCCACAACAGCAAAGAACACCUUGCCAUGAUGGAGAGAGUCCUGGGCCCUAUUCCCCCACAUCUCCUCAGUAAAACAAGGAAGCAUCGGUAUGUGCACAGGGAGCGUCUGGACUGGGAGGAGCACAGCUCAUCUGGACAUUACAUCAGGAAACACUACAAACCUCUGAAGCUGUAUAUGCAGAGUAAAAGCAUGGAGCACCAGCAGCUCUUUGACCUGAUUGGCAGCAUGAUGGAGUAUGAUGUCACCAGGCGCAUCACCCUGGAAGAAGCUCUUUGGCACCCCUUCUUCAGCCCACUCAGGAAGCAGAGACGCACAUGA